UAUAAAACGAACUGUUACGGUUUUUGUAUAAUCUGUACGAAAUGUCAAUGUCCGAUCGCCCACCGUUGUUUUCAGUCUAUGCUCAGAUUUGACAGAAAGACAUUCGUCGGAGGAUGUUGAUUACUCAUUCGCCAAUAAUGUUUAAUUUUUAAACAAUAAUUUUAAUAUUAACAACAAAAAUAAACAGUGCGUAUUGUUUGUAAUAUAUUGCGAGUGUUUAAUGGGACAUUAGAUCAAAAUGCAUCGACGUCGUGGACCUAACUUCACGUAUGUGAGCGGAUGUGUGAAAUAUAUGAUUUUCGUGUUGAAUUUUAUAUUCUGGUUAUUUGGAGGGUUGCUGAUAGCGGUCGGUCUCUACGCAUUCAUCGAUAAAUGGCAAGCCACAGGACUUAUAAAGUUGGAUACAGUAUAUGAUGUUAUGCUGAAUAUCAGUCUUCUGAUAGCUUUGCUCGGCGGUGUCGUGUUUAUCGUCAGUUUCGCCGGCUGCGUGGGCGCACUCCGUGAGAACACGUGCUUACUCAAAUUUUACUCCCUUUGUCUGCUGAUCCUGUUCCUGGUGGAGAUGGGGGGUGCAGUCUGUGGCUUCGUGUUCCCUCGCUCCCUGCACGGGCUGCUGGAGCUGAGCUUCACGGAGCGCGUCGUCCACGCGUACAGAGAUGACCCUGAUCUGCAAAACUUUAUCGAUUUUGCACAGAGCGAUUUCCACUGCUGUGGCUUAACCUCAGAUGGUUACAUGGAUUGGUCGAAGAACGAGUACUUCAACUGUUCAUCACCGUCGGUGGAAAGGUGUGGGGUUCCGUUCUCGUGCUGCAUCAACGCGACUGACAUCUCCUCGGGCCUAGUCAACAUCAUGUGCGGAUAUGGCGUGCAGAAUUAUCCUGUCGCAGAAGCCAGUAAGCGUGUAUGGACGAGUGGAUGUAUAGAGAUAGUUCGCUCCUGGGCGGAACGCAACCUGUAUACCAUCGCCAGCGUCGCGCUAGCUGUGGCACUCGCCCAGCUGUUCGUCAUCUACCUCGCCAAGACCUUGGAGGGACAGAUUGAGUUGCAGAAAGCUAGAUGGCAAACAUGAAACAGGGGCACAUUGGGCGCGUAUCGAGACGAGUGUCGGCGAGCGCUACUGUAGCAGGCGCCUCGCACGGGACUCGAACCCGCGCCCCCCGCACUACACAUGUGAUCGACCAGAAACUGAACGGUAAUACAUGUGAAGUGUCAUGACUAUUUUUUCAUAACUUGGAAUCGAAUCUGCGUGUAGUGUGCCAUGACCCUAAUUGUGACGACACAUUUGAUGUGCCAUCGAUUUAUAAACUUCUACCGGGAAUCGAACCUGUGAAAUGUUAAACGAUUGAACAGUAUACGUGUUUUCCUCAACUAGGAAUCGAAUUGCGAAAAAAUGUAUUUAUGUGCCAUUGACAUUGUUAUGGUGAAAUUAAUGUUAAUUGUUGAGAAUUUUACUUAUUAUCACUAAGACCUGAAUUCUAUAUUAUUCGGCAUAAAAAACAGUAUUAAUUAUAAAGUUUGUGUGGGAAAGAGACAGCACUAUUAUUUGAA